AUGGCAGCAUACAGCAAUCCAACCCAGAUCUUUGCCGACGACGUGCAAGAAGAAAAAGGCGAAAAUGCGCGUCUCUCUGCCUUCGUUGGUGCGAUCGCAGUUGGCGACCUCGUGAAGUCCACGCUUGGACCUAAGGGUAUGGACAAGAUUCUUCAAUCGGCCUCAACGGGGCAGAUAAUGGUAACCAAUGACGGUGCCACGAUCCUCAAAUCCAUCGCCCUCGACAACGCCGCCGCAAAAGUCCUCGUCAAUAUCUCCAAAGUUCAAGACGAUGAGGUGGGAGAUGGCACAACUUCCGUCACCGUGCUGGCAGCAGAAUUGCUACGAGAGGCAGAACAACUAGUCAGCCGUCACAUCCAUCCCCAAACCAUCAUUGAAGGCUACCGUCUAGCCACACAAGCCGCUUUGCAGGCACUUGAAAAGUCCGCCGUCGACAACUCGAAACACGCCGAGCAAUUCCGAAAAGACCUCCUAGCCAUCGCCCGCACAACCCUAUCCUCAAAGGUCCUGUCUCAGGAUCGUGAUCAGUUCGCCAAUUUGGCAGUCGACGCUGUCCUUCGACUAAAAGGGUCGAUCGAUCUGAACCACAUCCAAAUCAUCAAGAAAUCAGGAGGGAAACUGUCCGACUCUUACCUUGACGAGGGAUUCAUCCUCGACAAGCGUAUCGGCGUGAACCAACCGAAGAGAUUGGAAAAUGCCAAAAUACUCGUGGCGAAUACUGCCAUGGAUACGGAUAAAGUGAAAAUUUGGGCAGCCCGCAUGAAGGUCGGUUCAACAAAAGAACUGGCCGAGUUGGAAAAGGCUGAGCGAGAGAGAAUGCGUUCCAAGGUUGAACGGAUCAAGGCACAUGGGAUCAACUGCUUCAUCAACAGACAACUGAUCUAUAACUGGCCGGAACAAUUGUUUACGGAAGCAGGCAUAAUGUCCAUCGAACAUGCCGAUUUCGACGGCGUGGAACGUCUCGCCUUGGUCACGGGGGGAGAGAUCGCAAGCACUUUCGACCACCCCGAAUCUGUUAAGCUCGGGCACUGCGACUUGAUCGAGGAGAUCAUCAUUGGCGAGGAUACGCUGAUCAAAUUCUCCGGCGUGGCAGCUGGUCAGGCCUGUACCAUCGUGCUCAGGGGUGCGACGGAACAACUGCUGGACGAGGCGGAGCGAAGUCUACAUGACGCUCUUGCCGUAUUGUCACAGACCAUCAAAGAACCCCGCGUCGUCCUGGGCGGCGGCUGUUCUGAAAUGGUCAUGGCGAAGGCCGUGGACUUUCUGGCGCAGAAGAUCCCCGGUAAAAAGCGCCUGGCAGUCGACUCAUUCUCGACCGCCCUACGUCAACUUCCUACCAUCCUUGCAGACAAUGCUGGUCUCGACUCUUCUGCCCUGGUGUCCGAGUUGAGAAGCGAGGUUUAUCGAGGUAUGACGAGUUCCGGCUUGGAUCUUCUGACUCCAGGGGGUGGCAUCGCCGACAUGCGCGAGCUGGGCGUGAUCGAGAGUUACAAGUUGAAGAAAGCGGUGGUCGGGAGCGCGAGCGAGGCAGCGGAGCUGUUGUUGCGAGUAGAUGAUAUCAUUCGGGCAGCCCCCAGGAGGAGGGAGCGGAUGUAA